CCCAGCCCAGCCUGGCUCUGCCUCCCUGCAAGAUGGCGGAGAGCCUCCCUGAGCAUGAGCGGAUCCUGCAGGAGAUUGAGAGCACAGAGACGGCCUGCGUGGGUCCCACCUUGAGAUCUGUAUAUGAUGAUCAACCCAAUGCACACCAGAAGUUUAUGGAAAAACUAGAUGCGUGCAUACGCAAUCAUGACAGGGAAAUUGAAAAGAUGUGCAAUUUUCACCAUCAAGGUUUUGUGGAUGCUAUUACAGAACUACUUAAAGUAAGAGCUGAUGCAGAAAAAUUAAAGGUCCAAGUUACUGAUACCAACCGAAGGCUUCAAGAUGCUGGGAAAGAGGUAAUAGCUCAAACGGAGGAAAUCAUCCAGUGUCGACUUCAGCAACGGAAUAUUACAACAGUGGUUGAGAAGCUUCAGUUGUGUCUUCCAGUACUGGAGAUGUACAGCAAAUUAAAAGAUCAGAUGAAUGUAAAAAGAUACUAUUCUGCUUUAAAAACUAUGGAACAGUUAGAAAAGAUUUACUUUCCUAGAGUUAGUCAGUACCGUUUUUGUCAAAUAAUGAUUGAAAACCUUCCAAAGCUUCGUGAGGAAAUUAAAGAAAUUUCCAUGUCGGAUCUUAAGGAUUUUCUGGAGAGUAUUCGGAAACAUUCAGAUAAAAUUGGUGAAACAGCAAUGAAACAGGCACAACAGCAGAAAACCUUUAAUACUGUUCUCCAAAAACCAAACGAUGUCCGUUAUGGGAAGAAUAAGUAUAUAAAUGAUGAUGGAAUUUCAGAAACAAGGAAUGAGGUUGUUUCAAAGCAAAAUCUUGAUGUGGAGGAGGAGGAAGAGGAAGAAGGACAUGAAGAUGAGGUUUUGACAGCUCAUGAUUUGGUAGAUUUCUCUCCAGUUUAUAGGUGCUUACAUAUUUAUUCAGUGCUGGGUGAUGCAGAGACAUUUGAAAACUACUAUAGAAAACAGAGAAGGAAACAAGCACGACUAGUGUUACAACCGCAGUCAAACAUGCAUGAAACAGUGGAAGGCUACAGAAGAUACUUCAGUCAAAUUAUAGGCUUUUUUGUAGUAGAAGAUCACAUUUUACAUGUAACCCAAGGACUCAUAACCAGAGCGUACACUGAUGAACUUUGGAACAUGGCACUUUCAAAGAUUAUAGCUGUCCUCAGAACUCAUUCAUCCUAUUGCACUGAUCCUGAUCUUGUUCUGGAACUGAAGAAUCUGAUUGUGGUGUUCGCUGAUACCUUACAGGGAUAUGGUUUCACUGUGAACAGAUUAUUUGAUCUUUUAUUUGAAAUAAGAGACCAGUACAAUGAGACACUGCUUAAAAAGUGGGCUGUGUUGUUCAGGGAUAUUUUUGAAGCAGAUAAUUACAGUCCAAUUCCUGUGUCAAAUGAAGAAGAAUACAAAACUGUGAUUAGCAAAUUUCCCUAUCAAGAUCCAGAACUUGAUAAGCAAUGUUUUCCAAAGAAACUUCCAAUGUCUCAGUCAGUGCCUCAGAUCUAUAUCCAGGUUAAAGAAUUCAUUUAUGCAAGCCUUAAAUUUUCAGAGUCACUUCAUCGUAGUUCAACAGAAAUAGAUGAUAUGCUUAGAAAAUCUACAAAUUUGCUCCUCACUAGAACUUUAAGCAGUUGUUUACAAAAUCUCAUCAAAAAGCCUCACAUAGGUUUGACAGAGCUGGUGCAAAUUAUCAUAAAUACAACACAUUUGGAGCAGGCAUGUAAAUAUCUUGAGGACUUUAUAACUAAUAUUACAAAUAUUUCUCAAGAGACUCUUCAUACUGCAAGACUAUAUGGUCUUUCAACAUUUAAGGAUGCAAGGCACGCUGCUGAAGGGGAGAUUUAUACCAAACUUAACCAAAAGAUUGAUGAAUUUAUCCAGCUUGCUGAUUAUGACUGGACCAUGAGUGAGCCAGAUGGGAGAGCCAGUGGCUAUUUAAUGGAUCUCAUUAAUUUUUUAAGAAGCACCUUUCAGGUUUUUACUCACUUGCCUAAUAACAACAAUGAUCAUGCUGCCAUGUCGGGGAAAGUAGCCCAGACUGCAUGUAUGUCAGCCUGCCAACAUUUGUCAACCACCCUGAUGCAGAUGCUAUUGGAUAAUGAAUUAAAACAAAUAAGCAUGGGAGCCAUUCAGCAGUUUAAUUUAGAUGUAAUCCAGUGUGAAUUAUUUGCCAAUUCUGAGCCUGUACCUGGAUUCCAUGGAGAAACUUUACAAUUAGCAUUCAUUGACCUCAGACAAAGUCCACCGAGGCAUGAAAGAUACCAACAAGAAGAAUAUCUUCGCCCAGUUUCGGAAGAACGACCGGGACAAGCAGCGCCUGAUCGAGACGGUGGUGCGGCAGCUCCGGGGCCUGGUCAACGGCAUGUCCCAGCACUCCUGAGGCCUUGGAGCAGGGAGGGAGGCAGGCCUGGCUGGGCGGCCCUGGGGGGAAAGCCCUCUCUUUCCUUCGGACAGAAAGCGGAAAGGACUCUUGGGAAAGGACUUGGGGAGGGGGCACCGCCUUCUCUGCGCAGCCCUUGCCCUGUAAAUAGGCCCCACAAGGCGGUGGGGCAUCCUGACUUUGCCCCCAUCCUCAGCCCCUUCUUUUCCCCACUCCCUUGCCCCACCGCCUUCCCAGCUUUCUACACCGAUCAUGCCCUUCUCUGCCCUCAGUUUUCCCCUUUCCAACCACUCUCCCAUCUCUCUUUCCCUUCCCUUCCCUUCCUUGCUUCCUCCUUUCCUUUCCUUCCUUGAUUUUUCCUUUCCCUCUCCUUCCCUUCUCGUCAUUCAUUGCUUCCUCCUUUCCCUUCCCUUCCCUUCAUUCCCUACUUCCUCAUUUCCUUUCCUUUCCAUUCCCAUUCUUCCUUCCUUCUAUAAAUACUUUACCCCCUUGUAUUAUUUGUAUAUUAUUAGCCUUAAGAGGUCGGAUGGGGUUUUAUAUACCAGGUGGUUCUUUCUCUUUUUCUUUCUCUCUCUUUCUCCUUCCUCCUUUUGUAGUGGGGGGGGGGGCUUUUUGUAGGUCCCAGCCCCUCCUGCCAGCCCUACCUGCCUGAGUCUGAGCCUGACCUGGGGGAACUUGGCUUUUCCAGGGGAGGCUUCCCUCCUCCCUCUCCCUUUGCCCUCCCCUUGCCAACGCCAGGGAAAGGCCAUGCCAGCCCCUGCCAGGCUUCCCAGUUUGUAAAAGGAGAUUUAGCUCCCCCCAUCCAAAAUAAAAAAGGAACCUGAACCCCUCUUUUCCUGGUAGCCCCCCUUUCUUAAGGCUGUUGGACCUCCUCUGCUGAGAAAGGAAUCCCUCUCUAAAGAAAAGCAACCCCAAAUCCCUCUUUUCCCUUGUAAGGAGGUGGGGGCCUUCUCCUGGGAAACCCAAGCCCCUUCUCAAAGUAAAAGCAAGCAACCCAAACCCCUCUGAUCGUGGCAGGAGCCCCCAUUUCUAAAGGAGGUUUGACUUUCCCUGCUGGGAAAUAAACCCCUUCUCAAAAUAAAAAAGCAACCCCCAUACCUUUCUUUUCCUGGUAGUAGUCAUUUCUUAAGGAUGAUGCUUGACCUUCUCUGCUGGGAAAUCACCCCCCUCCUUUGUAAGAAAAAACCCCAACCCCUUCUUUUCCUAGGGAUCCCUUCAUCUUCCCCUCCAUUCCCCCCCACUUUUCCAGGGCACCCUCCUCCUUCCAAACACAGGCGAAUGUAUCCAAGAAGAUACCCGGCGGAGUCUGCAUCAAAAAAGAAUUUUUUUUUUCUUUUUU